UCAAACUAUUCUUUGUAAUUGGAAAGUCAUCGUACACAUAUGUUGAAGUGUCAGAAAAUAUGAUCAUAAGAAUGUAUAAAUGCAUAAAGUAUGCAAUUUCUACCAGACGACGCCUGCGAAAGUCAAAUCCUCAAAAAAAUUUACUCGAUUAUUCAAUAGAUAAAUUUGGAGCCCAGUUGGUUACGGACACAAGAACAAUGUUGAAAAUGUUUGUUCUUUACCUGCCAUUACCAAUCGUUUCGGCACUUUUUAAACAGCAAGGAUCUAGCUGGACAUUUCUAGCUGUAAAAAUGAACGGUGACAUUGGAUUUUAUAAUAUAAAACCGGAUCAAGUGGAAGUGUCAAAUGCCAUUUUAGUUCUCAUAUUUAUUCCAACAUUUAAAGCCAUUUUUUAUCCAAUUUUGAGUAAAAUUGCACAUCUUGAAUUCUGGAUUGAAACAUCACCGAAAAAUUCUGUAAAUAUUUUGUGGCAAUUGCCACAAUAUGUAGUCAUUAGUAUGGGCGAAGUAAUGUUUCAAGUGACCGGCCUUGAAUUUUCAUAUGAGCAAAAGGGUGCAGCGUUUUUUUAAAUAAUGAUGAAUUCAAGUAUGUACACCCCCAUAACCUAUGUGGGAGGAUCCCAGGAGAACACCUGUAAUGUUUUUUUCUCAAAAAAAAUGCAUAUAGAAAUCGCGCAUCGGACCCAUCCGUAUUCUUUCCGCCUCUUAAAUGCCUUUGAAUUUUUUUUUUUCAAAUGAUGUGAAAAUUUGUAUUUGUGGGUUUUUGGGUAUGACAAAACCGAAUCUGACAUUUAUUUUGCGAAAAAAUUAAGUUUGGGUAUACUUUCCAUACAAAAAUAGCAAAAAUGAUCACAAAUGACCAAAAACAUGAAUUUGUAUGGAAAGUAUACCCAAUCAUCGAAACUGCAACUUA